AUGAAACUCCCCGAUAAAAACAAAUCUAAAAAACAAAAAAUUAAAAAGAAGCCCAUAACAAAACCUAAAAAAGAAAAAGUUUUGGUUGUCGCGCAAGAAUUCAAAUUUGCGCGUUUACUUUCUGGAAAUGAAAAGAAAACUAGAGAUCGUGUUUUAAAGACGUUUAAAAAGUGGCUUUUAAAUUGUUUUGAAAAAGGAUACGAAUUUAAGGAAGAUGACUUCGUAAGAGUAUGGAAGGGUCUAUUUUACGCUGUAUGGAUGUCUGACAAGCCAUUGGUGCAGGAAGACUUAUGCGAAAGUAUUUCCGAGAUUUUGGAUUUAUUUCCUGCAAAUCAGUUUCAGUACGCUGUGAUGAUGAUGAAAGCAGGUUUUAAAGUACUGGCUACAGAGUGGUAUGGAAUAGACCAACAUAGAAUGGAUAAGUUUCUUAUGCUGGUUCGUCGCUACCUUAGAGGUAGUUUUCGUUGUUUACGAAGGUGUAAAUGGAGCAUUGAAAGUUGCAAAUUAUUUUCCGAUAUGUUAUGUACGGAGGAUGGUCUUCUAGCAAUAAAAACACCUCAGUAUGCCAGAAAUGCCACAUCCAUGGUUUUGCACGUCAUUGACUGUUAUUUAGAAGAACUUUCAAAGAUAUCGAAAGGACAAAUCCCAGAUGAAAGCCUGACAGUACUAAUGUACCCCUUCUCACAGCAAGUGUGUUUGGGGGAUGGUGUCAUCAGUAUAUCGUCUCGGAGGCUGUUGACUGCUUUGAUAAAACAGAGUGAUCUGGGGUUGGAAUAUGAGAGUGUUACGAGGGUGUGGCAGAAGAUGGGCUGUCCCCCCGGCGGCCCGGAGGCGCUGGAGGCCGAGUCUGAUGAUGAAGAGGAUCAGCCUGAGGACAUGGAUGAUGAUGAGAUGGGGAAUGGGGAGGAGGUUCUGGACCCUCGAGCUGGUCGCGUGGACGUGACCCUGGAGCCUCUCCCCGUGCCCUCUCCCCUCUUGGCGGAGCAGCUCCGGGGGCUGAUGGCCGCCUCCGCUUCCAGGGCUUUCAAGAGAGCAAAGUUGUGCUUGGAACGUUUCGAGGAGCUGUCCCGCAACAGCUACCCCCUGAAGGUGCCGGCGCCGUUCACCGCGGGGCUGGAACCGCCCCUGGCUGCUGCGGAGCCGAUGCAGGCCGCCUCCAGGCUCAGCAAGCUGGAGAAGACUCUCGUCAACUCGUCUGAUGAACUGGCUUUGAGGGGUCUGAGCCGCAAGCACCGCAAGCGCCUGCUCGCGCGGACCCGCGCCGGCCUCAGCAUCGUGGACGACGCGAACGACAACACAGACUCCACUAAUGGUGACUGGCUAGUUGAGACAACAAAAGAAAAUAAAAAUAACGAUACAAAUAAAGAAAAUAAAAACAAAAAGAAGAACAGAAAGAGGAAACACCAAAAAGAAGAUGGUGAAGGGGAAAAUAAUAAAAAACCUAAAACAAAUGAAAGUAAUCAAGAAAGUAGUAAAAAAAAGAAAAAAGAAUCAAAGAAUAGUGAAAAGAAAACGGAAGUAAACAAUGUUAAACAAAAAACACCUGAAAAUAAUGUAAAUAAAACAAAAAAUGUAAAUAAAAGUAACGAGAAUAAGGAUAAAUUAACAAAUGGUCCAAAUAAGCAAGGUUUAUCUGCAAAUAAUAAGGAAAACAAGAAAAACAAUAAAGAAAAGAAAAAGGAAAACAAAGAAGCACAAGAGAAGAAACAAACGGACAAACAGCCGAAAUUUCUAGUGACUAAAGUCAAGAAUUAUCAAAAACAAGUGAGCCCAAAGAAGGAGAGUCCGAAGAAAAUGAAAAAAGAUAAUCAAAACAAGCAAAUGAUGAUGGAUACGCCCAAAAAGGUCCAAGAAAAAAAGAUC